AUGGCCGACCGCAUCAUCGGCAUGCGCAAGCAGCUGCGCGGCCAAGCCGUGGACCACAUUACUGACCAAAUCGGCAUGUUCUGCUACACGGGUCUCAAGCCCGAGCAGGUCGACCGUCUGGCCCAGGAAUUCCAUGUGUACCUGACCCGCGAUGGCCGCGUGUCGAUGGCUGGCAUCUCGAGCGGCAACGUCAACUAUCUGGCCGAGUCCAUCCAUGCGGUCACCAAGGACUAA